AUGCUUAACUGCAAGCCUGCUUCCACGCCUGUCGAUACGAAGGCUAAGGUGUCCGCCGUCGAGGGCUCUCCGGCGGCCGACGCUCCCUUCUACCGCUCUAUCAUCGGUGCGCUUCAGUACCUCACACUGACGCGUCCGGACAUUCAGUAUGCUGUCCAACAGGUGUGCCUUCACAUGCAUGCUCCUUGUGACACCCAUUGGGCUCUUGUGAAACGUAUACUUCGGUAUAUACGUGGCACCACAGCCAUGGGUCUCACCCUGACGGCCUCGCCAGACACUAACCUUGUCGCCUACUCCGACGCCGACUGGGCUGGGUGUCCCGACACUCGAUGCUCCACUUCCGGCUACUGCGUCUACCUCGGACCCUCUCUGAUUUCGUGGUCGUCUAAACGACAACCCACGGUCUCACGAUCGAGCGCCGAGGCCGAGUAUCGGGCCGUGGCUAACGCCGUCGCGGAGUGUUCCUGGCUACGACAGCCACUCCAGGAGUUGCUAUGUGAGGUCACCAAGGCGACGCUCGUCUACUGUGAUAACGUCUCCGCGGUGUACCUCGGUGCCAACCCUGUCCAUCACCGACGGACGAAGCACAUUGAGCUCGACAUCCACUUCGUCCGGGAGCACGUCACACUUGGUCGUGUUCGUGUUCUCCAUGUGCCCACCGAUCAGCAGUUCGCCGAUGUGAUGACGAAGGGACUACCCACCUCGACUUUCGAGGGCUUUCGGUCCAGUCUUUGCGUCACCGGCGACGCUUCGACUGCGGGGGCUGUUGAACAUGUGUACAUGUACGUCCGGGUUCUGUAUGCAGUACCUGUAGUAUCUGUCUCCCUCUGCGUGAACGACAAGGAGCUGCCGACGUUGGCAGCGUUCCAGUCCAUGAUCGCAUGUGCCAUCGCCGCGUCCACCUCCACUGCGAGCUAG